CUUCCAUCCUUCCAUUCGCCACCAGGGUGCUGGCUGGCUUCUGGAGCAGCAUCUUCACCUCUAUCCAGCUCCUGACACUGACUUUCAUUCCCUAAGGCUGUGGCCACAUUGAGGCCCGGCCAGGCUGGUGACCAUAUCUUGCCACCAGUGUUAUUCCUUCCUGUUCUUGGAACUGGGACUUGACAGUGCCUGAGCCCCUCAGAUGACACUUGGGAUCUUGGGCUGAUGACCCCACACCCCAGGAGGUCUUAGAGGGCAGAUGGGUCCCAGCUAAGAGAGGACGCUGGCUGGAGGGUUGUUGGAGAAUGUGAACUAGCUGGAUACAUCAUUCUCUCCUAAGCCAUCUCUCCACCCUGGGCAAUUUCUGUGGAGAAACGCCCCUGUCAGUAGGCCGCACUCAUGGCAUGUGGCCAAACUGCUGGAGGGAUGCCCUGAAGCGGCCACCGCCAUGCAUUUCCCUUCUGAAGCCUUCAGCUUGUCCUGGCAUUCUGGUUGCAAUCCAAGUGACGUGUGUGUGCAGUGGUGUCCUCUCUCCCGGCACUGCAGCACUGAGAAAAGCAGCUCCAUUGGCAGCAUGGAGAGCCUGGAGCAACCAGGCCAAGCUACCUACGAGGGCCAUCUCUUGCCCAUUGACCAGAACAUGUACCCCAACCAGCGUGACUCAGCCUAUAGCUCCUUCUCAGCCAGCUCAAAUGCCUCUGACUGUGCCCUUUCCCUCAGGCCAGAAGAGCCAGCCUCUGCAGACUGCAUCACGCAAGGCCCAGAGCCAACUAAGGCCCCCAGUGGUCGGCCUAAUGUAUCUGAGACCUCAGGAAGCAGCCAAUGCACCAAUGGAGGCCACCUGACACCCAGCUCCCAGAUGUCAUCCCCCCCACAGGAGGGCCACCACUCAGGGCCUGCCAAGGCAGUCAGGGGCCCACCGCAACCUCCAGUGAGGCGGGACAGUCUUCAGGCCUCCAGAGCUCAACUGCUCAAUGGAGAGCAGCGCAGGGCUUCUGAGCCUGUGGACUCCUUGCAACAGAGGGAGAAACCAAGCUCAGAGACAGGGCUUUCUCUAAGGAACCCUAACCGGUUCUGCUGCCUCAGCGGGCAAGACCAAGUGACAGGUGGGGGCCAUCAGCACUGUGAGCUCAGCCAGCCUUCUGAAUCCAGCCAGCAGGACCUUGAGCAUCUAUCGAUGGAGGCAUCAGCCAAAGCUGUUGGUUCCCCCAAAGUCUGUGACAAAGCUUCCAGUAGAGAUCCCAGCCUUCCCAAUGAGGCUUCAGCAGAGUUAGCUAAGAUUUCCUCCUUUAGUGGCUCUCUACACACCACAGGACCCACAGGGCAUCGCCACAGUGCCCCCGAACAGCUGCUAGCAUCCCACCUGCAGCAUACACAUCUUGAUUCCAGGGGCAGCAAAGGGAUGGAAGCAGCAUCUAGGCAGGAUGGGCGUCAGUGGACUCUAUCCCCUUUUCACAGCAACCACAAAGUGAAGAAAAGUCCAUGUGCCCCUAUAGGAGGAGCCCAUGACCAGCCCAGUAAAGAAAGAAAGACCAGGCCAAUGGACGAUAAACCUGUGGGUCCAGGACACCAGAACCAAAGCAGUUCCCCACACGGAGAGGCUGAUGGACACCCUCCAGAAGGAAGUUUCCUGGACCCAAGCAGAGCGAGCAGAACAGGCAGUGAAUUGGGCAGCCAACAGCCCUCUGCCUCUGGCUCCCUCAUUCGACAAUCCAGAGACUGUUCUCAAACUACUAAAGUAGCUGGAAGCACAGAGGUGACUGAAGAUGGGGACAGUGAGCCCAAGGAGUGUGGACGGAUGGGGGGCAGGAGAAGUGGAGGCCCCCGGGGACGCUCAGUCCAAAACCGACGGAAGAGUGAGCGAUUUGCUACCAAUCUGCGCAAUGAAAUUCAGAGGAGAAAGGCCCAGCUCCAGAAGAGCAAAGGCCCCUUGUCACAGCUGUGUGACACCAAGGAGCCAGUUGAAGAGACCCAGGAACCUCCAGAAAGUCCUCCACUCCCAUCCUCUAACUCAUCUCUUCUAUCUUCAUAUAAAAAACCUCCUAGCCCCAGAGACAAGCUCUUCAACAAAAACAUGGUGCUCAGGGCUAGGUCUUCAGAGUGCCUCAGUCAGGCCCCUGACAGCCACGAAUCUAGAAUAGGCUUGGAGGGACAGACUAGCCCUGGCCAGAGGCCUUGCCAGUCCUCUUCAGACCUGAACACCUGGUGGAAAGCAUCUGACCCAUCCUCCUCAGACUCUGAGAAAGUAAAUGCUCACUGUGGGGUCCUUGGAGGUCACUGGAGAUGGUCUUCAGAGCAUAAGCCACAGCCACAUGUGGCACUAGCUAUGGAAGGCCCUUCCAGCCCAGGUGACAACAAGGAAUUGAAGGCUUCUACUGCCCCAGCUGGAGAGGAAGCUAUCCUCUUGCCCUUUGCAGACAGAAGAAAGUUCUUUGAAGAGAGUAGUAAAUCCUUAUCCACAUCUCAUUUGCCGAGUUUAGCAACUCAUAACAACAAGACUUUUACUCAGAGACCAAAACCAAUAGACCAAAACUUCCAGUCAAUGAGCUCCAGCUAUAGGGAAUUGAGGCGCCAUCCCACAGACCAAUCAUAUCAUUCCACAGACCAACCAUAUCAUGCCACAGACCAAUCAUAUCAUCCCAUGUCACCCCACCAGUCAGAGACUCCCACUUACUCAGAAUGCUUUGCGAGCAAAGGUGUAGAAAACUCCAUGUGUUGUAAGCCGCUGCAUUGUGGUGAUUUUGAUUACCACAGGACCUGUUCUUAUUCCUGCACUGUUCAGGGAGCUGUAGUCCAUGACCCUUGCAUUUAUUGUUCUGGGGAAAUCUGUCCUGCCUUGCUAAAGAGAAAUAUGAUGCCAAACUGCUACAACUGCAGGUGUCACCACCACCAGUGCAUUCGGUGUACAGCUUGCUAUCAUAAUCCUCAGCACAGUGCCCUUGAGGACACCAGCUUGGCCCCUGGCAAUGUUUGGAAACCCCGGAAGCCGAUGGUGCAGGAAUUUUCUGGGGACAAAUGGAAACCAAUAACAGGAAACAGGAAGACUAGCCAAUCAGGGAGGUAAGUGACCACUCAGGGAGUUGGGGUUGAGCUGGUGCCUCUGGGACUUCUAUCGGAGUUGUUAAGGUCUUCGGUUUGCUUAGUUUCCUUUGAGGAAAUUGGUCUGGAAUCCAUACCAAGCACUUGGUGUCAUGGAUGGAAUCCACCCUGCUCCCGAGACAGCUACGUAAGACCCAACUGAUUGUGAGAUCCUUUUGAAAUAUGCAACAUUCAGGCAGUGUUUUGGGACUUUAUGGUGGUCACUUGGAGGCCUGAGGUAGCCUUGGCGAGGCAGACCCAAGGACAUGUGGACCAUAUUCUGUAGAAACAGAAAUGAGAAGGCAUAAGCUGUGCCUGCCUUCCCAGUGGCCAUGGGAAAACUGGAACAGGCAGUGCCUUUGCCCCAGAGUUGUUGGAAGUACCUGCAUCUUGACU